AUUUGCCUCGUAGAGAGAAAACUUGCUCCAAAGUUUGUGAUGUUGCCUUUACACCGUGGAACUCGAAUUAGUUUCUACCUUUUCCUACUAACAAUACAUGCAGAUUUCGCACAUAAACUCAGCGCAUUGUUAGAGGGACAUGACAUCACUGACAAAGAGAACAAAACUAAGACUGAACACCUUUCAAACCAUGGCCUUAAAUACCAACGUAUUCCUCACGGUUUCUCGUCUUUCUCAGAUUGCCUUUCUAAACAGGGAAUGGUAUUUCUCGGAGGACCCUGUGGUGUCAUGCCGGCAACAUCUUGCGGGGGUUUUAAUUGUGCCUCUGGGAUUGGAUUUCCUAUUUCCCCAGUUUGCUGUUCCUUGGUAGACUGCAGGAAAACGAAUCAACCUAGCCGAGAAAUCGAUACUAUUAAGCGGUUUGACAUCACAAGCCUACCAGCACAUCCAUUUGCACUUUCUUCGAAAACGCCCGUAAAGCCCUUCAAAGGUAAACGAAUGCGUAAACACAAACACCCCAAACCGAAGAAAUACGAUCACCAGUCUACCGAGGAAGGCCCAAACAUAGACGUUAAAUUGAAGCUGAACGAUGAACCAAAAUCGAAAGCACAAGACGAAGCACCAGCUUUUCACCCUCAAGUUGUGCUUGGUCAGCCAUUACAUCUUAGACCUUGGUUUCCUUACCUACACAGGCCAAUUUACCCGUUUGACAUGCAGUAUCAUUCUCACUUCUCUCCACAUUGUCUGCAUCAUCCUAUGAGGUUUCAGCAUCCAUCUUAUUGGACAUUCCAAGGAUAUUUCCCUCAUUUUAUGGGAAUGAGAUCUCCUUGGGCAAUGAAUCCAUCAGAUAUGUCAAAUGUCCAUCAUUAUCCCGAGUAUCAGUAUAGCGAUAUGCAUUUUGUCCAGUCCAAUCAUCCUUCCAGGUAUAGUCGACCACCGUUUAGAGAUUUCAACGAUUUCAGCUCUGACCUAAAACUUCUGGAGAAACCAGAGAGACUUCACGAUCUCUGGACGCACAGCAAAAACAAAAUAAAGAGUCCUAACGAGUAUGAUGGAGUGCAUGAAGAGGAUCGGAAGAUGGUCAAUAACUCAGAAGACCUCAGGGAAACUGUCAAAUGGGGCAACUAUCAGCAAUGGGGAACUGAACACGAAAUAGAACCUAGUUCUAUUGUAACAGAAGACCAAGGUAUGUUGCAUUUCGAUCCGUCGGAAAAGGAAGAUGUUGAUACCAAUUAUCCUGAGUACAAAAGCGAAUUCAACACAGAGCGCGUCUCGCGGCCUUCCGUCGAGAGUAGGCGAGGGAAACUUAACCGCCAUUUAAAAUUCCACAAAUCAUUGAAAAAAGGAAAUGGCUCAUUGAGGGGAUUCAACUCAGCUAACCAAGGAUUUCAUUUGGAUGUAAUAUCUACUUUCCAGAUGAAAGGAAAGCAGAAAAGAAAGGAAAGACAGAAGGCUGACCUACUCAGUCCCAAAGAAAGUUCUGUAGUAGGUGCUAUAGGACUGAAAUUGGAUCCUGUAAUUAUCGCUAAUGCGAUACAUGCCAAUGCUUGAACUUCACAGAAGUAAAAAAGAAAAGGAAUCACAUGCCACAAAGUUAAAAAAGAAAUCGGGUUAGAUAACAGAGGGCAAAUAUCGGCCUACAUAUCUAAUCUAAGAGAAUUGAAAUAAACACGAGAGGAUGUCUAAGAAUUCAAUGAAGCUGAAGGCGAUGUUUGUAAAGUUCCAAAUAAGGGAUUAGCAUCGAUCCAAUUCUAUGGAAGCGACUUGACUUAAACAGAACAUGGUGGGUUUGACGUUCUAACAUCAUUUUGAAUAAGUACAUACAUGGCUAGAAGCAUACGUUUUUAACUCUUUUUAAAGACCCAAUAAUACAGCAAAUUAAUCAAGGCUAAAUGAGGGAUGUUCCUCGAGUGCAGGUUUACUUUGGAAAGUUAACAAAGUUUCUAUUUGCCUUGCUUAGGCUUUACUACUUAUCUAACAGUUAAAUUAAUACAUAACAUUAUUCCAUUUAAGGUGAAUUACACUUUGAUUCCUA